GAGAGCGGGAAGCUCCUCCCGCCUCGAGGUAUCGUUUCCCGCUCUGGCCCCGUGUUGGCUCAGGCACCGCUGGAGCGGCCCCCAUCGGCUGUCUCGACCCGACCCCGGAGGGAGCCGCCCAAUACCUGCAUCUGCAGAGCAAUCGCUCAUCUGUCGUGGCAAUUUCAGGAUUACCCGUCUGAGCUUUCAGCGCCCUUCCUCAGAGCCCUGGAAUGAAAUAUCAUUGGCACAGAGGACAAGAGCCUGGCACAAAUCCGGAUGCCAGCCAUGUCUCCAGACAGACUCUAGCAGCAUCAUUUGCAGCCCCAACCAGGUUACCCCGGACAGCAGGCGUUCAUUUACUUGUCUGUGAACUGAUCUCUGGAAAAGACCCUGAUGUUGGGAAAGUGUGACUUAACCACUAAACAGCAACAAAAGCUGGUCUCAUCGGAGCCGUUCUGUGCCAGCAAUAACCUUCUGCCUUUCAUAUGGGACAAAUAGGAGAGUCUCUUUGGAAAGAGAAUACUGUAAAUGGAUGUGAAGGAGACAUCAGUAGUGCGAAAAUGCAAAAGUCAUUUUCACAACCUUUUAGCCUUCCAGGAUGCUGCUUUCACUGCUCUGAAAGUGUAUGUAUUUGUGUAGAAUUAGAAAGACUUUUCCUUUGGUUCAUAUUAUGUUUGAGUCCAUGAGGAGGCACUUUGCUACAACCAUCUAUUUGGUGGAUCACGCGCGCUCUGGCAGCUGUGUUAAUCCAAGGAUGGAGAACACCCAGCACAGGGUUCCGGUUGCUCCCAAGGAAGCCUUUGCAGCCCUAAUCAGCUCCAUCAGCAAAGACCGGCAAAGGGGCAUGUGUCUGAGGGUGCAAGGAUUGGGAGAAAAGAACAGGGGACAAGUCUUUCCACCCUCAUUGAAGUCUGGCAUCCUCCAUUACUGAGACUCAGCACCGAAGAAGACCUGGCAAGUAACUUGGAAGAGAACUGCCCAAUGUAGGACGGGACUUCCCAAAUGGGUUCUGCAGCCCCCCACCAUUUUUCUGCCUCCUAGAGCCCCUUCCAAUGUGCAGUUGGAACAAGCACACCCAUGGCUUCCUUCCCAAAGGAAAUCUUUUUGCGUGGUUACGGAUCAUUGUCAGAGGGAAGAUGGUGACCGUGAAGGCCCACUGGAAGAGGAUCCAACCUGCAGAAGGGAAAGAGAGCAAGAUCACAACACACUAGACACACGUCUAUCCCCAGGAGAAGUGAGAAUUGGUGUCAAGAAGACAUUAAAGAAAAAGCUGUCACCAGGAGAAGUGAGAGUCGGGUUCAAGAAGCAUUGGCAAUUAAAGGAAGCCACUGUUGCUUCCCACCAGCUCCUCUUUUUGCCACCAAGUUGGAAGGCCAACAGAGGAGAGGAUCCAACCUGCAGAGGGGAAACAGAGCAAGAGGCGAACAUACCAGACACAGGUCUAUCCCCAGGAGAAAUGAGAGCCGGUGCCAAGGACAAAGGACAGACAAAACUAUCCCCGGGAGAAGUGAGAGUCGCUUCCAAGAACCAUUGGCGAUUCAAAGAAGCCACUGUUGCUUCUCACCAGGUCCUCUCUUUGCCACCAAGUUGGAAGGCCAACAGAAAGGCUAAAGAACCAGAGGGGAGAUACUCCAUUCUAUUCUCAAAAGAAAGUGAAACCUCUCACUCGGUUUCGGCAAAGCAAGGGGAGGAAGGUUCUUCUUUGCUCUCAGAGGUCAGCAAACCCCAGAACUCUGGCUCACUCCAUCGUUUCUCAUAUUGUCCCUCUGGGGACAAUGAUGUUCUCCACUAUGGUUCCUCAAAGAAGAUGGAAGAAGGCUCCUGUUCUCUGCCUUUCCUGGCUUAUCCAACCCGAGAUUGUUUAGAAACACAGGAAUCCCAGAAAGAAGAUGCUGCAGGCCAAGGCCCCUUUAUCAAAAAUGAUCACUACCCAUCAUUUUGGACCACUGGAGGGGGAGACAUCACUAAAUCUCAAAAACGCCAACUCAUGGAGCCCGUGGGAAUAAAACAGAAAGCCAAGCAGGUAAAGGACCUAUUCAAGCCAUUGCACUCAUUAUUUGCAGGCAUGAAAAAACAUUCCACCUCCAAGGCCUUCUGGGAUGAAGAAAGUAGAAUGGGAGAAAGUGACUUUGUUCCACGAGAGACUCAGUUUGAGGCUUCAGGAGAGCAUUCAGUGUUUGGGUGGAAGGACGGUUUUUGGAGAGUGGGAGAAGGCCAUGAAUCUCAGAAUGGAGAGGUCACAAAAAGGAAAUGUUGGCCAGUACCAGCAUCCUGGAUAGGAAACUGCAUCUCCUGCACUGAACGGAAGAAUGGAGGGAUAAACAAGGAAUCUCAACGCUUGAUUGGAGAGAAAAAGAUGGGAAGUGCCAGAAGGAAAGGGGUGUUUCAUCUGCCAUGGAGGAAGAAAAGGUCUCCAAGAACUGUUGUUGGAGAGCCUUCCACAGUGGAGACUCCAGCUGGAGAUGAUUCCGUUUCUAGGAAAGACAAAGAAGACGUAAGUACCGGAGCAAAAGAGGAAUCCAUCAAAGCCCCAUUCAUCCAUAGUGGACCCAGCCAAGCAUUUGGGGUCACCAGAGAGGCAAAGGCCCCUGGGUAUGAAGAAGGCCAACAUAAGCAGCCUGUGGGAGAAGUCCAUGUAGGUCGGGCCUCAGAGAAACCUCUGAAAGAACAGCUUUCUGGAAACACCCCAUCAAUCCACCAUAGGGUCAGUCAGGGCAGUAGGAUGACCAGCGGGGGAGAGAACCCCAGGUCAAAAAACCAAAUCAUGGCAAACAGCAAAGGAUGCCAUCAACCUUCAAAUGCAGGGAGUGCGGAUGGAAAUGAAAAGAAAAGGAGUUCCAUCAUUGGGAGGUGUACAUCCAUCUUCUCUCUGUGCUGCAUGUGUGUGCGUGUGCCAAAAUCUCCAUCAGGGCUGCACACCAGGAGUCGCUCUUGAUGCCCAUUUAGUUCCAGUUUGGGAUGACCCCUUCCCCUGUGUGCACACAGGGUGAGGUUCCCUUGCAGUGGGGACAAAAAUUACACAGAACAUUGGGCCAAAUCCAUAUAGUUUAUUAUUUAUUGUUAUUAAUUUAUUUAUUUAUU